GUUAUGAACGUGGACCCAUUUACCAUUCAUCACAUACGAACUAGCCAUAAAUCAUCUCUUCCAGAAGUUCUGAUGGAUUAUGUCUGGGCACAGGAAUGUUUUGAUUCCAGUGCCCAGUAUCCAGACGUGACCCAGGUAUCAGGAUCCUCGCUAAAGGCUUCGAGUCAGGCAGAUGACACGCUAAAAAAAGGAGCUAUUUUCCGGGAGAUGGCCUACUCAGGACGCAGGGCAUCGUAUUAUUUACUUCUCCGACUGCUUCUAUCACGACUGCCAGUUGUCGUGAGGACCAUGGUUUUAGGACUAGUCGACUUUCUAUACGGAGGUUAUACCCAUUCCUCUAUAUGGCAACAAAACCGUGACAGGCUCCUGAUCAUCUUGAGUUAGACGGAUCAGGCAUCCUUUGCUACGUUUGUGAAAUAUGCGGAUAUACUGUUCCUUACGUUGCGUUGUCAGUGUGUGUAAUUCUAAUCAUUGAAGGACAAGGUACAACGUGAUUGAACUGUACCAAGUAUUGAUAUACGUUCCUCUUUCACUUUAAAUUCAGACCAAGUAGUCCGCUUCUUCUUCACGUCGUCAACGCAUCAACAUUCAUACAGCGUCGACCUUC